AUGGCGGCUGCUCGCUCUGCAUCCCGCGCUUUCUUGCGCUCCUCCUCCGUCCGCCCUGCCGCGCGCUCGGCUCGCUUCGCUCUCCCCGCUCAAAUCCGCGCCUCGACUCGCCGCGGAUAUGCCUCUGAGGCCCCCGCCGGCAAGUCCUCCUCCUUCGGUAUCUGGGGUAUUGGUCUGGCUGUUGCCGGUGGUGCUGGUGCCUACUUCUACCUGAAUGGAGAGGCUGCCCCUAAGGGACCUUUCGUCCCCACCAAGGCCGACUACCAGAAGGUGUACGAUGCGAUUGCCCUUCGCCUCGCCAACGAGACCGACUAUGAUGACGGCAGCUAUGGCCCCAUCAGCGCUGACAAUGUUCUCAUCCAGGUUCUUGUUCGUCUCGCCUGGCACGCUAGCGGCACCUACGAUAAGGCUACCGGUACCGGUGGCAGCAACGGUGCCACCAUGAGAUUCGCUCCUGAGAAAGACCACGGCGCAAACGCUGGUCUCAAGCACGCCCGUGACUUCCUUGAGCCUAUUAAGGCCCAGUUCCCUUGGAUCACAUACUCUGAUCUCUGGACUCUGGCUGGCUCCGCUGCCAUUCAGGAGCUGGGUGGUCCCAAGAUCCCCUGGAGACCUGGCCGUGCGGACCGUGAUGUUGCCGCCUGCACACCUGAUGGCCGUCUCCCUGAUGCCUCUAAGGAUCACCGCCACAUCCGUGAUGUCUUCGGUCGUAUGGGCUUCGAUGACCGUGAGAUGGUUGCCCUUUGUGGUGCUCACUCCCUUGGUCGUGCCCACACUGACCGCUCUGGAUUCGAUGGUCCUUGGGACUUCAGCCCGACUGUUUUCACCAAUGAGUUCUUCCGUUUGCUCGUUGAGGAGAAGUGGAACCAGCGCAAGUGGAAUGGCCCUGCUCAGUUCACUGAUAAGGGUACCUCCACUCUCAUGAUGCUGCCUACCGACCUUGCUCUUGUUAAGGAUAAGGCUUUCAAGCAGCACGUUGAGCGUUAUGCUAAGGAUAGCGAUGUCUUCUUCAAGGAGUUUGCUGAUGUUUAUGUCAAGCUCCUGGAGUUGGGUGUUCCUUUCAAGAGCAAGCCCGAGGAUCGCUUUGUUUUCGAGACUUCUGAGUAG